GUUAUGUUUUGAUAUUUAGAUUAUAUUUAUUGUACUCCACAAAUCAGUGCUCAAGAACAUAAAUAGAGAUCAGUGGUGUAUAAAACGAUAAAAGUAAUUGUAGAUUAUAAAUGUCUGACCAAAUUGAACUGUUGUUUUUUGAUACCUUUGCUCAUGAUAAUACAGAGGAGAUAAAUUUGGAUUUAGUUCAGUUUCCAAAGCCUGUAUAUGUAACCGAAGUUAGAAUUAUCCCCUUGGGUGCAAGAGUUCAAGCAGAUUUUCCUGGUGGUGUUCGUUUAGGGGCUACAAAUCCAAGUCAGUUCCAAAUAGAGUUUUUUGUGAACGAUUUGGGUAAACCUGGUGCAAGUACGUUUGAAACAUUAGGAGGAUUUGAAUAUGACCAAAAUGGGUGUAUUAAUCUUGAGUGUACUCCUGACGAAAGUAUUAGAAAGAUACCAACCGAUGGACUAGUUUUGAAAGGGUGGUACACAACAAUCACUUUAGCAGUAUAUGGAACCUUAACUAAUAAUAUAACUGAACAGAUUAUCCAACCUGUUGUAAAUCCAUCUUUACCGGCUCAGCCAAAUACUAUUGCUGAUGCCCAACAAAUUAUAUCUGGUACUACCAUUGAGCCCGAAUGGCCACAAGAAUCUAUACCAGCAGUGCCAGUGCCAUUAGAAUACAACGCUCAACCUAGUACUACUUAUCAUCAACCUUAUAAUCAGACGGAACCCUACUCGCAGGAAUUUACUGAAUAUUACCCUGAUGUACCAAAGGAUCCAAGGGGUUAUCAUCAUACUCCAGAAACUGAUUGGGAUGUUAAAGGUAGACCACGAAUUCCUGACACUGAACGUGAUAGAGAUAGGGACAGAGACAGAGAACGCAGCAGAGAUGUAACAUAUCAGAAAACUGGUAGUCUCGACAGAGAUCAUGGAAGAUUGGAUGUUGAACGUAGAGACAGGGACAGGGAAAAGAGAUACUCUAGAUCAGAAAGCAGAGACAGAGACAGACAGUCGAGGGAAUAUCGGGAUAUUGACAGAGACAGAGAUAGAGACAGAGAACAUGACAUAGAAUGGAGUGAUCAUGACAGACAUGACCACGAUUGGAAUGAAAGGGGCAGAGAUAGAGCACACGAUCGAGAUAGAGACAGAAGCGAUCACUGCUUUAAACAUGACGACUACAGGAGAUCGUAUAAUCGGAACGACGAUAGAGAAGACCGUAAACGUCCAAGAACCCCACCCAUGCAAUCGCCUAAAAGACCUCACACGCCUCCAAAAGAUAAAUCCCCACCGGUAGAAAAUUUGCCCGAAGAAGAUCCAGAGAAACAUAAAAGAGAAAGGGAGGAGACGAAAACAAAAAGCCCAUCAAGAGAUCUCAAGGAAGCAAGAACCCCUCCCACUGAGGAGAGUACUCAGAUGGACGUCGAAGAAUUCGAGCCGAUAUUGAGCGAUGAAGACAUACUCGAUGACGGUGAACAUUAUCAAGACGUAGAUUAUGACUACAGUAUGUACACAAACAACGACGAUAUUAUCAAACUGUUUACCCCAGGCAUUACGGAGUUGAGCAAAUACCCCAAGACGAAAAGUUUUGUCAUAAAGAAUAAUUCCAUUGAAAUCGACGAGGCUCUUAGAGUGUCCAUAGGCAUAGCAGACGAUUAUUUCAAAUCUAGCAUAACUAAAUAUAACCCUCAGACGUUUGAUAAGUUAAAUACAGAAAUUAAAGAAGAAUUUAUCCACCUAUGUGAGAGACUGACGAGUACGAUAGGACCAACGACUGUAUUUUGUGACAUAUCGAGGCUGUACGUUGAUACAAAGUCGAUGAAUCCCCAGAAUUUAAGUGCUGAGGACAAGGAGCUGGCAGAGCAGGUGCAUUUUAUAGUUGAAUCUCUAAUGGACUGGUUGAAAAUUGCGAUGAACUACGACCUGGCCAACAUUCAGGAUCAGCCGGCGUAUAAGAUUAGACACAUUAAGUGCGGUGUACGAUUGGCUGAUUGGUGCUGCACUUGUAUCGAUUUUAUCAAACUGCUCUGGCAGAACAAUUUUAAUAUGCACAAGGAAUUGUUGAACUUGUACGAUCAGGAAUAUAUGGCGCUGUCGAUAAAAUUAAUGAUAGUGAAAGCUUUGGACACAUACUUACAGCACAAGUUUUCGAUAGAGAAGUUUCUGCUCGGGAAUAUUUCUAAUUUGCCGAUGGAAAAUGGGUAUUACGAUACGAUGCCGGUUUCGGAAAUGAACGGUUACAAAAUACUCGUUCAGAAUCUGAGGAAAAGCACUUUGGUCCGGAUAAAAUUCGCGUUAACUUCCAUACUGAAAAAGUUAAACUUGUACGAGGUGCUUCAUAAAAUGCACAGCAUCUUAAUCAAACUACGGAACGUUUCUCAUGAUAUCUCGACAGAAGAAAUUAAUUUAAUCACAAAGUCGCUGAACGAAAUAUUACACUUCUGUCGUUGCGGACCGUUCACGUUUUCACAACCCAAACGGUUUUUACCUGUAUCCGCUCAGUUCGAAAUCUCACGCAGCCAUUUAAAUAACGUUUUGGUCGAGUAUUUCAAGAUGUUUAACUUAUUACAGUGUUUCGUGCUGCUCCUCACAUACCCAAGCACUUUAAAUUUACCGCUCAUUAAAACGCCUAUAUUCGAGAUUAUUUCUAACUUACUAGAAAUACCCGAAGGCCUGCAGUAUCUCUCAGAAAACAGCGAAACGAUUAAUAUUCUCUUAAAGUGUCUCUUGAGGACGGACGAAGAAAUACAGUAUAAUAUUCAAGAAGGUUUGGAGAUAAGAUCCCACCAUUUGGGUUUGACGGUCGCUUAUAAGAUACAGUCAUUGUACCACAUCGAAUGCUUGUUAGCGAUAGGGAGAAAACUCGGAUUCGAUUAUGACGCUUCCGAGGUCGUGGACGAGCUGCACGGUUUGUUCUGCUUGACGUUUUCACCUAUCGGGAAGGUUAGUUGUGCCGAAACGUUGAGCUUAAACGAUAAUGUCCAGUGUCUUCUGCAGUUUCUAGAACCUGUAGUUUCGAAAGAAAAGUCGGAGACACAAUUAUCCAAAGUUAAAAAGUCGCCCGGGAUUUCGUACAUUGUAGAUUUAUUGACGAUUGCCGUUACAGCUGCCUCUAACGUUAAUAUUAUAGAAAAACAUUCGAAAUUCCUUUUCCAGUUGAUCAGUCAACAGGACGUAUUCGAGGAUGUUGUAAGCAACAAAUUGAAAGAGCUCCGUUUAUAUUUGUUUCCGUUUGAAAAUAUUAUUUCGCUUACUUCCGAUAACAUAACGCCGUUCUUAGACGUUAUCGAUAAACAGUCAGAAAAUUUUAUACAGAACAUCGGAUCUUUAAUAACAAGUCUGAGGGUAAUUCAGCACCUCGGCAUAUCCAAACACUCUCAUUCGACGGCCAGUUUAUCCGAAAAUCCUUUGUGCGAUUAUAUCGAAUUAAAACAUAAACAUGUGAUACUCCAACUGUAUUCCCUGGAUGGAACGGCGGUGCUUUCAAAAUUAUUGCAAAGAAUUUGCGAACAUUACGAACAACCGAGCCUACAUUCCUCCAUUUUUGUGUCUAACCAAGGACUGCAAAUCUUGAAUGUAAUCAAUCCUUGCAUUUCCCUCCUCAAACAAAUGUUGGCUUACGUGAUCCAGUGCCAAAACGUUAACUUUAAAGACCUCACGACCAUUCCAGUAUUUCUUCAGACGUAUAACCUACUUACUAGUUUCCCGACGAGUGCGUCGGGGUAUUAUUUAGCGCAAAAAGUAAAGACGAAGAUCGUCGAGGCAUUGUUGGUCUAUACACAACCAGUUUCGGAGGAAGUGAACGAAAAAGAUUCUUUGAAUAAAACGCUGUGGACGCAAAUGUGUGGCGAACUUAUAAAAUACACCACUUCCUCGCCUUACACUUUUAUAUCUGGACUGUUAAUUUUUUCUGAAUUACUUCCUUUACCGUUACCGGUUCAGACCCAAGACGAUUUGUCGAAAGAAGAAAUUUCUUGGAUAAUUAACUUGAGGAAGCUUUGGUCUGCCCAUUUACAUCCGCACAGUACUAUAAUCCAAGACAUGGUGAAUAGGCUGUGUAUAUCCACGCAACCUCAACUAUUGAAUUUAUUACGAAGGAUUUGUGUGCAAAUCUCCGACUUGGCGGCCAAUUCCGCCAUAAUGAUAGCAAGAGGUAUAUUGGAUAACGUUUACAAUGCUCUAAUUCCGAAAGAGGACAUGAAAAUGGGCCCUUGCAAUAGUCACAUAGCCAGACUAUUAAACUUUUUAGCUUGUUUAGUUACUCAUAAUACAAUAAAAUGUGCGAUUCUUCAUCUCAUUCAUACGAACAGUACGGUAACGUUAAAAACAGAUGAAAAGUAUGUAUCGUUAAUACCUGCUUUCGCGCAAAUUUUGAAGACUAACUGCUCCACAACUAGUCACAUCCAAGCACAAGAGUGCAUAUUAAGUAUUAUUCAGAGCUUUUGCGACGUCGAGAUAACCGUGAUGCAGAACUCUUUAGCUGAAUCGAGAGAACUCCCGUCGGAGGUAUAUCUAGCGAACGCGAUGCCGAUAAAAGAACACCUCUUAGUGUUCAUACAUAUAAUGUGGGAACACCUGACGACAGAAAAUUCCUUCGUGACCUAUUUACCCAUCGUACGAACUUUAUUGUUAUUGACAGAACACGAUUACGGUUUCUAUCACUUGAGGGAACACUUGUUGAAGAAGAACGAUCUAUUUCUUGUUUUAUUGAAUAAAUUAGCGGAUAACUUUUCGAAAACGAAUGCAGAGUGUCUGUCGACGUUGAACACUUUGGUUGAGUUUCUAAGGGUUUGUGUAACGACGGAAGAGGAAACGGAACCGAAUCUGUUAUACACUCCUAGGAAAAUCAAGUUGACCUUGACGGAGAUGAAAUCGCUUAUAGGGUGGCCGCCUGCAGAGGACAAGACCCAGGAAAAGCACCCUCUGAAAAAUUUGGAGGUUAUUUUAAAGAAAGUGGUGGAAGAAAAUAACACAUUUGAGAGCUUUUUGGAAGGCGUUUCUGCGCUUUUAAAAUUAUUGGAAGAGGACAAAAAAGAAGAAAGUAAAGAAACUUACACGGAAAUAAUGCUUCCAGCACCAGAAACGCUGUUGGUUCAAUUUUCGUGCAGAACGGUUUUCAGUUCUGUCGAUGCUUGCGAUGAAAGGUUAACCGCUAGAUAUUGGCUUGCGGCUCCAACCGAUGAAGGAGACACCGAUAUGGAAAAUGUGACAUGCGAUUUGAUAGAAAUUUGUCGACAAAACCUACGUCAGGACUACAAUAUAGUAAAAGAAGUUGAAAAAUUGUGUAGGAUAUCCAGGUCGGAUAAUCCUGAGGACAAGGAGAAACAAAUCGAUGAUCAAAAAUUGAAAAUGAAGAAACCGCUUGUGGCUCCGAUAAGAGCAAAGAACUUUGCAAGAACUAUCCAGCAGAGACCGGACCUCUUUAGAUCGAGACCACCUAACACGUCCAGACCACCAUCACUUCACGUGGAUGACUUCGUUGCUCUUGAAACCUGCGGGGCUCAACCCACUGGCCCCACGGGAUAUAAUAAAAUCAGCAGAGAAUUCCUUGCGUCUACGCGAAUUGCGAGGGGAACGAGGGGACGGGCUUUCGUUACUUCAGAGAGAUCCGUCCAGUACCGCCAAAUGUAAGCCGUGGUGGGGUGCUGGAAUUGGAAGAGGCCCGUAUCAGAUGUAACGUAUUUCAUUUACGUAAUGUUUUGAUAAAAUUUAUUAAUUCCUAGUUGAUCUACAUUUUUCUUUGUGUAAGAUAAUGAAUGUAAAAAUAGAUAAACUUCCAAUAAAAACUAAGCCAAAAAUUCCA